AUUUUCUUGCACAAAAACACUAAAAUGGCAUCGAAGGAAGAGACUUCCACCACCCAACUCUUUGAUGACGGCGCCGAGAAGGAGUCGCCACCGGAGGAGGACAGGUGUACGGUGGAAGAGGUGGCGCUGGUGGUGCCGGAAACUGACGACACAUCACUCCCGGUGCUGACAUUCCGGGCUUGGUUCCUCGGCUUGAGCUCGUGCAUGAUCCUCAUUUUCCUCAACACCUUCUUCAUCUACCGGACGCAGCCUCUGACAAUCUCGGCCAUUCUGAUGCAAAUCGCCGUCUUACCCAUUGGAAAAUUCAUGGCGGCUACGCUUCCGACGAGGAAGUUCCAGGUGUGGGGCCAGAGCUUCAGCUUGAAUCCUGGGCCGUUCAAUAUGAAGGAGCAUGUGAUCAUCACGGUGUUCGCUAACUGUGGGGUCUCUUUUGGUGGGGGUGAUGCGUACUCGAUUGGUGCCAUUACUGUCAUGAAGGCUUACUAUAAGCAGAGCUUGAAUUUCUUGUGUGCACUUAUCAUUGUCCUGACAUCUCAGAUAUUGGGGUAUGGAUGGGCUGGGAUGUUGAGGAGGUACCUAGUCGAUCCUGUUGAAAUGUGGUGGCCUUCAAAUGUUGCUCAGGUUUCUCUAUUUAGAGCACUCCAUGAAAAGGAAUCGAAAACAAAAGGCAUGACUCGGAUGCAAUUUUUCCUUGUUUUCCUGGCUGGAAGCUUUGUGUAUUAUGCGUUUCCGGGCUAUCUGUUCCAAGUUUUAACAUUCUUUUCAUGGGUGUGUUGGGUGUGGCCUCGCAGUAUCACUGCUCAACAAAUUGGUUCCGGUAGAUAUGGACUUGGGGUGGGUGCCUUCACUCUCGAUUGGGCUGGGAUUUCAGCUUAUCACGGCAGCCCCUUGGUGACACCUUGGUUUUCCAUUGUCAAUGUUGGCAUUGGCUUUAUCAUGUUUAUAUACAUAAUUAUCCCUCUGUGUUACUGGAAGUUCGACACUUUUGAUUCCAGAAAAUUUCCCAUAUUUUCUAACCAGCUCUUUACUACUACUGGAAAUAAGUAUGAUACCACCAAGAUUUUGACUCCAAAUUAUGAUCUUAACAUCGCUGCUUAUGAUAGCUAUGGGAAGCUCUAUCUUAGCCCACUGUUUGCUCUCUCUAUCGGAUCAGGGUUCGCGAGAUUUACAGCAACACUCACUCAUGUGGCAUUGUUUCAUGGCGGUGAUAUUUGGAAGCAGAGCAAGUCUGCAAUGACGAACGCCAAAUUAGACGUCCACGCAAGACUGAUGAAAAGUUACAAAGAUGUGCCUCAAUGGUGGUUCCUCAUCUUAUUAUUAGGGAGCAUGGCCCUGUCCCUUCUGACGUCUUUUGUGUGGAAAAAAGAUGUGCAGCUACCAUGGUGGGGGAUGUUGUUCGCCUUUGCCUUGGCCUGGGUUGUUACUCUUCCUAUUGGAGUCAUUCAAGCAACAACCAACCAGCAACCUGGAUAUGACAUAAUUGCGCAGUUCAUAUUUGGUUAUGUCCUUCCAGGGAAACCCAUUGCAAACUUGAUUUUCAAGAUUUACGGCCGAAUCAGCACCAUUCAUGCUCUCUCUUUCUUAUCAGAUCUUAAACUUGGGCAGUACAUGAAAAUCCCACCGCGGUGCAUGUACACAGCUCAGCUAGUUGGGACACUAGUUGCUGGCACAGGCAACCUUGCAGUGGCAUGGUGGAUGUUGGGGAGCAUUGAGAACAUCUGUGACGAAGCAGCACUCCCUCCUGGUAGCCCAUGGACAUGUCCUAAAUUCCGAGUGACUUUUGAUUCUUCCGUUAUCUGGGGCCUAAUUGGACCAGAACGGCUGUUUGGACCCGGGGGGUUGUACAGGAACUUGGUAUGGCUAUUCCUUAUUGGAGCUUUCUUGCCAGUACCUGUUUGGAUACUCAGCAAAGUUUUCCCGGAAAAGAAAUGGAUUCCCUUGAUCAACAUACCAGUUAUAUCCUAUGGUUUCGCGGGGUUGCCACCUGCAACUCCCACCAAUAUUGCGAGCUGGCUUAUCACUGGGACCAUCUUCAACUACUUUGUGUUCAAAUACAGGAAAGGAUGGUGGCAGAAAUAUAACUACGUUCUGUCUGCUGCAUUGGAUGCCGGGACAGCUUUCAUGGCUGUUCUACUCUUCUUUGCUCUGCAGAACGAGGGACAUAAUUUGAAGUGGUGGGGAUCGGUGGCUGAUCACUGUCCUUUGGCUCAAUGCCCAACAGCACCAGGUAUCAUGGUUAAAGGAUGCCCGGUUUUCAAGUAGCCUCCUACCCAUUUGGUCCAUUGAUGGGUCUUCAAUGAUUGGAAAAACAAAGUUGGAAAUGGUCAAGAAGAUAACGCAAAUUGGUAUUACAACUGGUCAUUGGAAAAUUUGCUACAAAAUUGAAUCCACAAUUGCUUUGCGUUACUGUAAAUGAUUAUUUUUUUCUUGUUGCGAGUGUUGAAGAGAGCCUUUUAUUUAGGUCUGAUAGUAGAUUUUUUUAUGUUGUGGAAUGAUUGUCAAUGAUUUCUGCCUUCAGUUGUUCUCUUUCAAGAUGUAUACAUUUGUAUUGAAUAAGAAGCUAUUAAGAGAAGAGAGAUCAACAAUAA